UAAGUGCGCCCCGAUUGGCCGCGGCGGCCCGGCCCGGUAUCCGGGUAAGAUGGCCGCAGUCGGCGAGUGCUCGCUGCCCGCGCCGUGGCGGCCGGUCUCCCUCACUCACGUCGAGUACCCUGCAGGUGAUUUCUCUGGUCAGCUUUUAGCUUAUUUGAGUCUUGGUCCAAUAUUCAUUAUUGUUGGCUUUGUAACACUCAUCAUAUUCAAGAGAGAGCUUCACACGAUCUCUUUCUUAGGAGGGCUGGUGUUCAACGAGGGAGUGAACUGGUUAAUAAAAAAUGUAAUCCGGGAGCCUCGGCCGUGUGAAGAAGCCCAUUCAACAGUGACCACAAAAUAUGGGAUGCCGUCCAGCCACUCCCAAUUCAUGUGGUUUUUCUCUGUCUAUUCCUUUCUGUUCCUUUAUUUAAGAAUGCACCAAACAAACAAUGCGAGGUUUCUGGAUUUACUAUGGCGACAUGUGCUGUCCAUCUGCCUCGUCACAGUGGCUUUGCUAGUCUCAUAUAGUAGGGUUUAUUUGCUUUACCACACCUGGAGCCAAGUCCUAUAUGGAGGUGUGGCAGGAAGCAUUAUGGCCAUAGCCUGGUUUGCCUUCACACAAGAGAUCCUAACUCCUCUCUUCCCGAGGAUAGCUGCGUGGCCAAUUUCAGAGUUCUUUUUAAUCCGAGACACCAGCCUCAUUCCCAACAUCCUGUGGUUUGAGUACACAGUCACGAGAGCAGAAGCAAGGAACAGACAGCGCAAGCUGGGAACGAAGCUCCAGUGACGCGGGAACGCGGGACCAGAGUUUUAACGGAGACAGACAAGAGCAGAGACCUGGGAGCAGCAAAGGAGCCUUUAAACAGACGGACCAAAGGAACAGGCAGGGACCAUACCCAAAAACCUGAAAGCCUUUGCUCUGCUUUAGCAGCUAAGCUGGAUUGCUCCCUGAUGCAUGUGGGACCGUGCAGGAGUAGAAGCUCAUUUCCAACACAGAUGCACAUUGCCGGUCGAAUGUACCAUCCUGUCUACGUCAGGGGAGGGGGGAGGAAAUGCCUGGUGUCGUGUUCGGGGGAGGGAAAACCAAAAAUGAAUCCUUUCUGUGACUUUUUUUUUUUUUUUUUCAGCAUGAAAUAUACACACUAUUUAUUUAUUUUUUUAAAUGGAACUAUUGUUUUUGGGGCGGGUGAGGCGUUGAUUGUGUGUUCUGGUUUUUUUUGCCUUUUUUUUUGGUUCGGGUUUUUCUUUUUUGGAAGAAGAUGACAAAACUAAUCUCAAGUGGAUCCUGUUUAAGUAGGGCUUUUAACUCUUACAAACUUCUUAGGAGGGAGGGGAACUAGGAUGGGGUGACCUAGAUGGAAGGGAGAGGAAGACUUUCCUUUCUGCAACCAGUUUGGGAGAUCAAAAUCAAUUCCAACUGCACUUUGUACAGACAGAAAGACAGACUAUAAAGAUCUGAUUUUUAACACUAGUGACAGUUCUGCAGGGAAGCCUGCACGGAUACCAAUUAAGGGGAGUGUGUGUGUAAAACAAAGGAAAAACACAAAUAUACUGACUCUUAUUUUUUUUUUCCA